AUGGCUACGAUGAUGGGUCUUCACUGUCACGAUGCCAUCGCGCCAGCUCAAAUGGACCUGGACCUCUCAUUGGAUGAGAUUGCCGAGCGAAGGAAGCUCUUCCGAUCUCUUCACAUACGUGAAAGGUGCUACGCCACCGCUCGCGGGAACUCUUCGUCGACUUCCACGCUAUCUGCCGAUACAAAGUCGGGGUCUUCCUUGCGUGCGAUGAGCCAAGAUUCGUCAAGUGCGACUCUGACGGCUGGACGCGGCGGGUCACCAUCCGUUUCAACAGGCUAUGACGAAACCAAUGAGCCUUUGUUUAGCAUAGCAAUGAUUCAGGACGAGCUUCAUGCCGCCAUAUUUCCAGGCAACCCGCCAGAAACAAGAAUGCUAAAGCAGAAGAUGGCGUUAACGGGCAUCCGACAAAAGUUAAUCACCUUCGCCAAGACGCACCGACUUCCAUCUCUUACACGACCAGAAACGUUUCAAGACUUGAGCAUUCACUUGGCAUAUCUUGGAACCCGGAUCCGAGCAUACGAGCUCGACUUAACGGAUGGUGAUGAGCACAAUGUCUUGGACGACGCCCGUCUUUCUUGCUUGUUAGUCAUGUCAGCCUGCUCCGAUGAAAAGGGACUAGAAGCAGCAGCCGCAAACAAGCUGGACAGACUGCUUCACCGUAUGGCCUUCCGUAACUGGCGAAUAGAUGAUACACCUUUUCCGCGGCGGUCACCACGGGAGUCGAGUGAACCAGCCGGAGAACUGCCAACCGAGGGAGAAGGAAGCCUCAAUAAUUCGAAGGCACCAAAUAAGCGAUUCUGGCCGUUUGGGACUGAUUCGUUAGCCUCUCCUAAUACGCAGGUCUUGCGUGGGCAGCGAAUCUUAGAACUCAUACCGACUUCAGCCAUCUUCAUACUCGCGCGAAACAUCCUCGGAAUUCAGACCAAUGUCGCCUCAUCUCAGCAAGUUUCUGCACCUUCAGACUCAGACCCCAUAUCACAGUCACACCGGGAUGAAUUGUUGGGAAAUGGGAACGAAGACUUAGCCAUACUCCACGAAUUUUCUCGCACCCUGGAGUCUUCACUGGGGGUAUCAAGUGAGGCCCAGAACAAUUACAGCUCCAAGUUGCUCCGGGUGGUCCAGACACUUGUGAACUUCAUUCGCGAGAGCAGUGGCCUCCCAGUUCGGCAGCCUUCCUCGCCCUCGGAGAUGAGGCAAGAUAUGUUUGAAUUCAGCGCGCACGCCGACAUGCCCCAGGACGGCGGGCUCAGUUCCUCCGCGUCUGCAGGUGCUGCGGAAGCAUUCAUGAGCUUGGGCACCACAUGGGAGAGCCCCCAAGCCUCAAAUACUUUUUCUUUUCCGUUUUCACCCUCAUUUGAUCUGUCCAGCAUGAAUAUCAGCACCGUGACAGACUCUCUAUUUGACUUUGAUUUCUCACAGCAUUUCGACAGCGUGGGCGGCUUCAUGAGCCCCGCAGAGCAUCUUCCUGAACCAGAUUCGUUGAGAAGUGUGACUGAGCAAGAGAAAAGAAAGAAGAGAUUGCGACUAGAUUGUAGCCAGGAGCUGGACGGCCCGGGAGACAUCAUGAUGUCAAGCUGGCCGCCACGGAACAGAGCGACAAUGGCUAGGGGCAGCGUGUAA